GAUCUGAGCUUUCCCUUCUGCCUCUGCCGUGCCCCUGUUCUCUGCCCCUUCUGCAGGACUAGGCUGGUGUCGGUAAGACCGUUCCCUUACAUGGCCUCCAACUCUGAGGAGCCAGAGCUCCUGCCCUGUGAGUCCUGUGAUAUGGUUUUCCGCUCCGGGGCCCUGUUGGCCACCCACACUCAGCGCUUUUGCAUUGGCCGCCUGACCCGGGAAGGGACAAUUGGAGCACAGACCUCAGUAGCUACGGAACCACCGGGUACCGCGGUUGGGUCAGGAGAACUCCAGUGCGCCUCGGACCAGAAGGCCAACAAAUCAGCUCUAAACAGGUUAACAGAGGAGGUGCAGUGGCUGCGGCUGUCCAUACAGAAAAUGGGACCCUGGAUUACAGAGGGCCCCACCUCCGAGGUUGCAGGGAGCCCCCGCGAGAGACUGCGAGCGCUGUACAGGACCCGCGCCCGGCGCGUGGCAGAAACGGAAGCGCAGAGCCGAACCCUGGAGCUACGCGGCCAGGAACUAAACAGGCGCCUCCAAGGUGGGGCCCGGGGCGGAAUGUCCCGCUUAUUCGGCCUGGAACGGCAACUUCGAGAACUCCGGGCAGUCGCCGGACAGACACGGGGAGCUCUAGAGAUGUUGGAAACGCGCGUUCAAGAACUUCAGCCCCAGGCAGGGACUUGGCCGAACGCCUGGCCGGAAGCUGAGCUCAAUUGCCGGGUGCUGCAAGCCAACCCAGGAACCUUAGCUGCGGAGAUCGGGGCCGUGCGUGAGGCCUACCUGAGAGCCGGGGGCCGGGACCCCGGUGUUCUGGGCAAGAUAUGGCAGUUACAAGUGGAGGCGUCAGCACUGGAACUGCAGCGGUCGCGGAACCGCAGGGAAAAAGCAACUGCAGCCUCGGCAGAGCUUCUGGUAUUGGACGCAGAAAACCGACGCCUAGAGAAUAUCCUGGCCUUGCGGAUGCAGAGAUUCCAGGCCCAGACUCUCUUGGGGCUUGGGGAGUCACAGCUCCUGGCUGGUCCCUCCACACGUCCAUGGGGAAAGGGGGAUCCCCCUCUCCUCCCUCCACCGGUGGCACCCCCGCUGCCACCACUUCCAAUCUCCACAAACAUCCAGUUCUUGGGUGGUGCAGAAAAGGCUGUGAGGACCCAGGGAUGCCAGGAUGGGCCACCACUUCCUGGAGCCAUGACCAAGAACCCGAGUCUGGACCCACACUUCCUUUUACCCACAUCUGAUGUGCUGGGCCCUGCACCCUACGACCCUGGGGCUGGCCUGUACAUUUUCUAUGACUUCCUGCGAGGCCUUGAGGCUUCUUGGAUUUGGGUGCAACUACUGACUGGCUUGGCCCGAAAUGGACAGGAUACAGGAGGGACCACAGCAUUGCCCCCAGCCUUUUGCUUGCCCCCACCUCCAGCUCCUGGACCCAUGGGAAACUGUGCCAUCCUUGCCAGCAGGCAGCCAGUGCCCAGGCUGCCCCCGUCGCCAUCAUUAUCUUUGGUGUGUGAGUUACACACCUGGCAGGGGUUGGCAUGGGCUAGAGCACCACAACCAAAGGCCUGGGCCUCACUGCUGCUAUUUGACCGGGAUCAGCGUGUGUUAAGUGGCCGUUGGCGCCUCCCACUUCGGGCCCUUCCUGUGGACCCCAGCCUCAGCUUUGAGCAGCUGAAUGGGAUACCCCAGGUCAGUGUGGAGGGUGGGGAUAGGAUCUACUCCAAGGUACAGAUAGAAUACCAUUUCAUCUCUCUCCAGGCAGGUCAGACUGAGCUCUUUCUGCGGCUGGUGAAUGCAAGAGAUGCCGAUGUCCAGACAUUGGCAGAGAUUAAUCCAACAAAUGCCCACGAAUACCAGUACCCACCACUGGCAUCCAUAUCAUCUUCACUGGAAACCAGUUCCCUCAGCCCUAAGAUUGGCUUUGCUGACCCACCACCUCCUGCAGAAGAGUCCUUUGGCAGAAUCAAGGAAAAAGAUAAGGGUUUGGGCUUUGACCCACCCCUACUGGGGAACCUGGGAUGAACAUAAGGCUUAUUCCCAGACCUGCUCUUAUGUAGUCUGGAAGCAAAUGAACUGUGAAUUCUAACCAAACCUGUAUUAUCUUCAGCAAGUAGUUGACCUUUCUGUAUCUGUUCUUUCGUUAACAGAUUACUGAGGAUUAAAUGAGUCUGUGAGGUAUUUACAAUAUUGCAUGGCACUUAGUAUUUGUAAAAAGCCAACUUUAAUGCUAAAUUUCAUACAAAUCCCAGAUUCAUUGUUGUUUAUUUUAAAGUACUGGGGAUUGAAUCUGGAGUUGCUCUACCACUGAGCUAAACCCCCAGCCCUUUGGUUUUGCGCUAAAUAGCCCAAGCCAGCCUCAAACUUGCAAUUCUCCUGCCCUCCAAAUAGGACUAUAGACAGGCUUGUCUAAUUUUCCCUAGAAGCCUUCCAUCAAGGCUCUAAAGAGCCCCAUAAAGAGGGAAUUCCUGAAUCUUUGAAGAGAGAUUCCAGGUUAAGCCCCCAGGGCAAUAGUUAACAGUUGAGUAGAGAAAACUUUAUAUUGGGCCUUGAAGGCCUAAACACACCAACACAAAAGCAUCUCUAAGAAAGAAAUUCAGUCCGGCUAAGCCAGAUUCUGCCAACAUGAAUUAAUGACUAACAGAAAAACAUUCUCUAAGAAAAACUCAUCAGUGGCUCAGGAGGCUGAAGGAUUGCAAGUACAAAGCCAACCUCAGCAAUUUAGCUAGGCCCUAAACAACUUACCAAAACCUUAUCACAGAAUAAAAAGGGCUGGGGAUGUAGCUCAGUGGUUAAGUAUCCCUGGGAUCAUACAGCUCCCUCUGCCUUUGAAAUUGGGUUGUGAAAACAGCAGAUUCUAACUACUACAGCAAAGUGUGCAGGCACUAUUUAGAAUUCACAUCUAAAUGAAGCCUGGUCCAGAACAGGUUAUUAAACAAAGGGCUGUCAGCUUACAUUUUUCAGUACCCUGGCCAUCAGCAUUCCUGGAAUCCCAAAACUAGGAUCCUCAAAUUGCUGAGCCAGUUUUUAGCUCUUUAACCCCAUAUCUCAUACUGAAAAGCUCCAGGCAGCUCAGGAUCCCAUUAUAAGAUCUUUAAGAAAAAUACAAGACCAGGAGUUUUUUAUCAGCAUCUUUAUUUUGAGAAGUCAGAACUGCAGGCAGUGUAACAAUUCCAAGUUUUGAUAUUUUUCAACCUUUCUAUACAGAAAAUAACAAAACCCCAAAACCAGCCAGCCUCCCCCACACAUAACAUUUUUCCAACCACAACCACAUGUCCAUUAUGUCAGUCACAGCCCCUUUUCCAGAGACCUCAGUUCUCUACAGUUAACUACACCAUUUUCCUCAGGGAUCACUUUCUCCCCCAAGUUUUCUUCAGAGUUCUUUUUCCAGGAUAGGAUAUGGCCCUAGAUGGAGAUGAGGUAAACUGAAGACAGGUACCACACUUGUCUUCAGGCCUGACUGACAAAGUCCAUCAUCCAUUUUCAGCACCAAACAACAAGAUCUUCACCAGGUCUUGGUUUUGUAGCAUCCAUCCAGGAACAGCACCACAAAGUUUGCAAGAACACUGAGUUCAGUUGAAUAACUUGAUAAAUAUAGCACCGAUGGAAACAAAGGGCCUAUAAUCACACUUGAUCACCUUCACAUCAGACAGGAGUUGGCAUUAGAACUUCCAACAGAUCAAUACAGAAGUGGGGAGAAAAGUACCUUUGGCCACUAUAAUAUAAAACCUGGAGUACCCCAAGGCAAUAUUUAAGAAAAAAGCCACCAAAGCCUCAACCUUUACUUACAAUCUUUAUUGAAGUUAUACAAAAAGAAUCCCCAAAAGUGAAAAAAUACAUUAUAUACAAAAACACUUUCUCUUGGGAGGAAGGUUCUUCCCUCUCUCAACAUGCAGUGCUUUCAACUGUAGCUCCAGCCUCCACUGUCCCCUCCACUGCUGCCCGGCUUUCUGCCUGAUUCUCGGCCUGAAAAACAAAUGGGGAGCCUGGGCAUAAGUGACCCUGGUAUAAACCAAUCCAUUUUAAACAAAAGCAGGUUUCAGUCAAGAGGAAAUGAACACAGGUUAUCUGUAAUAAGGCUGACACAGCCAUAAUCAUACACUGCAUGGAAAAGAUCAAGCAGAAAUGAUCUAAUGGUCUGGCUGGCAGGAUCAAGGUUGGAAGCAUGUACUUGAGAGGACUGGUGUCCCCAAGCCUUGAAAAGAAGAUGAAGCAAGAGGCCAAUCCCUGCUUAACUGCCCACCUCUUCCUCUUCCUCCAUGUUUUCAGAAACUUCACUUCCACUGGGGACAGCAUCCCCACUGCCUCCAUUCACCUCUGGCUCCUGUUUGGCUUUCUUUGCAUCAUCUUUCCGGGGGCUCUCUUCCUCUGGUUUCCUCUGAAGAUAUAAUUGUAAAGACUUCAGAAAUGUUCUUAAUUUUUUAAAAAUACAACUGCAAAAUAUUUCCAUAACCCCUAUGAUACAAAUUUUGAACACCAGGACUCACAGCUCUGUUUCUAGUCACAGACACCAGUCUGUAUUGUGCAAAAUAAACUGGUCUGUCACAGCAUAUUAACUGAGCCUCUCCACUAAAGAAACAGUAGCAUGGACUGGGGUGAGGAGCAAAGGUGUAAAUAUUUGGGAAUGGAUAUAACUCAGUGGAAGACAGCUUGCUUAGCAUAUGCAAGGCCUUGGUUUUGAUCACUAGCACCACACACACAAAAGGAGAGGGAGAAAUGUGUACAAAUUCCAGUACAUGAGCCAGGAAACAAAGCAGGAGUGAAGACACUCCCUCCACCCAGAGGAAAGAACUAUUGAACCUACAGGCAGAAGAAGGCAGACAGGAGUUCAUGUAUCCAGUCUCUGAUGAAUAACUUCGGACAAAACCUUCUGGCUUCCAAAAAUGUACUCAUCUGACUAAUUUCUCAUAGUCCUUGGGCCAUAUGAGUUUUCUUAAUGAGGUAAACAUUCCCAUGAAAAUUUACCUUCUUUCUGACAAGGUGAGAAAUAUCAGUCACACAAUUUGAUGAGGAAGCACCAUCUGUGGGUUUUCUACUGGCAA